AUGCGUUUAAAAUUGUUGAUUGACUUUCAUCAAACAAUAAUUUUGGGAACGCAAUCUGUUCGUGGACUACGAUUACCCAAAUACCAAAAACCGAGUAAGAAAAAAAUGGCAUUGAAGGAAAAGGAAGGAAAACAGUCGCAAGUUUCAGAAUUGAAACCUUGGCCAUCCUACAUUGAGGAUCGUUUGAAGCUUUGGGAUAAACUUAAGGAACAAUAUAAUAAUGAACUAGCCAAUAAGAUACUGGAACCUAUAACUGUAACAUUUCCUGAUGGAAAAACCACUAACGCUAAGGCUUGGCAAUCUACACCAUAUGAUGUAGCCAAAGGCGUUAGUCAAGGACUUGCCGAUAAUACCGUAAUUGCUAAGGUUAAUGGAGAGCUUUGGGAUUUGGAUAGACCAUUGGAAAAAGAUUCAACAUUGCAGUUACUCAAAAUUGAUAACGAAGAGGCUCAAAAAGUAUUUUGGCAUUCAUCUGCUCACAUGCUAGGUGAGGCGAUGGAAAGAAUAUAUGGUGGAUGUUUGUGCUAUGGACCACCUAUUGAAGGAGGAUUUUACUAUGAUAUGUUUAUUGAGAACAAAGGAGUAUCAAACUUUGAUUUUCCUGUUAUGGAAAAUCUUGUCAAACAAAUUGUUAAAGAAAAACAACCUUUUGAACGGCUUGAAGUUAGUAAAGAAGAUCUACUGGAAAUGUUCAAGUACAAUGAGUUUAAAGUGAGAAUCCUUAACGAAAAAGUUACAACACCAACAACUACUGUUUACCGAUGUGGGCCAUUAAUUGAUUUAUGCAGGGGACCACAUAUUCGUCAUACAGGCAAAGUCAAAGCUUUUAAAGUUGUCAAAAAUUCUGCAACUUAUUGGGAAGGAAAUUCCACGGCUGAAACAUUGCAACGUGUCUAUGGUAUUUCAUUUUCGGACAAUAAGCAAAUGAAAGAAUGGGAAAAAUUCCAAGAAGAAGCUGCUAGAAGAGACCAUCGUAAAAUUGGAAGAGAACAAGAACUAUUUUUCUUCCAUGAAUUAAGUCCAGGAUCUUGUUUCUUCCAACCAAAAGGUGCUCAUAUUUAUAAUACUUUAAUUGAGUUCAUUAAAAGUGAAUACAGAAAACGCGGUUUUCAAGAAGUAGUAUCGCCGAAUAUUUACAAUGUUAAGUUAUGGCAAACAUCUGGUCAUUGGGCACAUUACGCAGAAAACAUGUUCUCAUUUGAUGUUGAGAAAGAAACAUAUGCUCUGAAACCAAUGAAUUGUCCUGGCCAUUGUUUAAUGUUUGAUCAUCGUAAUAGAUCAUGGAGAGAACUGCCACUUAGAAUGGCAGACUUUGGUGUACUUCAUCGUAAUGAGUUAUCAGGGGCUUUAACAGGAUUAACACGUGUUCGACGUUUUCAGCAAGACGAUGCUCACAUAUUUUGUACUACUGAACAAAUUGGUCAAGAAAUGAUGAGUUCAUUAGACUUUUUACGUCAUGUAUAUACUGUAUUUGGAUUUACAUUCCAUCUUCGAUUAUCUACAAGACCUGAAAAGUAUUUAGGCGAGUUGGAAAUGUGGGAAAAUGCUGAAAUGCAAUUAGCUGAUAGCUUAAAUUCAUUUGGUGAACCAUGGGCAUUAAACCCAGGAGAUGGUGCUUUCUACGGACCAAAAAUUGAUAUAACUAUUUCUGAUGCUUUAAAACGCCAACAUCAAUGUGCUACCAUACAACUUGAUUUCCAGCUCCCAAUUCGGUUUAAUUUAAACUUUAUCAGUGAAUCAGGAGAAAAGAAACGCCCAGUAAUCAUACAUCGUGCUAUAUUUGGUUCAGUAGAAAGAAUGAUAGCUAUUUUAACUGAAUCGUUUGCUGGAAAAUGGCCAUUCUGGUUGUCACCUAGACAAGCUGUUGUAAUACCUGUUGGUCCUCAAUUUGACGAAUAUUCAGAAAAAGUAAAAAAAGAAAUAUACGAGGCUGGAUUUAUGUGUGAUGUAGAUGUUGAUCACGGUGAUACUUUAAACAAAAAAAUUCGCAAUGCACAAUUGGCACAAUAUAACUUCAUUCUUGUCGUUGGAGAUAAAGAAAAGACUGCAAACACUGUUAAUAUUCGCACAAGAGACAACAAUGUUCAUGGUGAAUUCAGUAUUGAAGAGACAAUUCAAAGACUACAAAAAUUAAAGAUUUCAAAAACAAAUAAUAGUGAAGUUGAAUUUUAA